GUAAAUUGAAAACAAUCUACGUUUUUAAGGAAAUCCUAACAAAUGGUCCUGCAAAAUACUGGGAAAUAUCGAGCUGAUAAAGAAGAGCCUAAUAAGCGAGAUGCUGGCACAUCUUCGGGCUCACGCGAGGAAUCCUCCGAGUCGCGGAUCCGUGUGGCGCUGGAGAAUGAUAGGAUCGAUUCCAAGUACGGCUUCGACAGGGUACGCGAUGCCAAAGAGAGAACAGGUUACCUGAUCAACAUGCACACGGCUGAAGUUCUUGACGAAGACAAGCGCCUGGUAGCAGCCAUGGAUUACUACUUCAUAGAGAUGGAUGGUAGCCGGUUCAAGGUCUCACUGUCCUUCCAGCCUUACUUCCUGCUGCUUGCCCGUAAGGAGUGUGAGCAGGAGGUCAUACAGUACCUGUCCAAGAAGUAUGCUGGCACUAUUCAUAGAAUAGAAGUUAUUGAAAAGGAAGAUUUGGAUUUGUUAAAUCACCUCUCGGGGCUCAAACAGCGUUACCUGAAGCUUUCUUUCAUGUCGCAAAAUGAGAUGAUGAAAGUCCGGCGCGAGGUGCUGACGGCCGUCAACAAAAACAAGGAGCGAGAGAAGAAAGACGCCAUUUACGCAGAAAUGUUGACCAACGCGCUCACCAGCGCCGCGGCCAUAGAACACGCCAAGAAGACCACAGACCACAUGGAAAAUAUAUUAGAUAUCAGAGAACACGACGUCCCAUACCACGCCCGGGUGUCAAUCGACAUGAAGAUAUUCUGCGGCGCCUGGUACACGGUGAAGAGCCGCGGCACGGAGUCGCCGCUCUUCACCAAGCGGGACGACAUCCUCGAGCGCCCCGACCCCAUCGUCCUCGCCUUCGACAUCGAGACCACCAAGCUGCCCCUCAAGUUCCCCGACUCGCAGACCGACCAGAUCAUGAUGAUCUCUUACAUGAUAGAUGGACAAGGAUAUUUGAUCACCAAUAGGGAGAUCAUAUCGGUGGAUGUUGAGGACUUUGAAUACACGCCUAAACCUGAGUUCGAAGGGCAAUUCAUAAUAUUCAAUGAAGCAAACGAAAUGGCUUUGAUUCAGAAAUUUUUCGAUCACAUUAUGGACGUAAAACCACAUAUUUUCGUCACUUAUAAUGGUGAUUUCUUCGACUGGCCGUUCGUGGAAGCCCGCGCGGCCAUACUGGGGCUGGACAUGAAGCAGGAGAUCGGCUUCAGCAAGCUCGCGGCCCGGGACGGCACCUACGCCUGCCGACCCGCCAUGCACAUGGACUGUCUCUGCUGGGUGAAGCGCGACUCGUACCUGCCGGUGGGCUCCCAGGGCCUGAAGGCCGUCGCCAAGGCCAAGCUGCGCUACGACCCCGUGGAGCUCGACCCGGAGGACAUGUGCCGCAUGGCGGCCGAGCAGCCCCAGGUCCUGUCAAACUACUCGGUGUCGGACGCCGUGGCCACGUAUUACUUGUACAUGAAGUACGUGCACCCCUUCAUAUUCGCCCUGUGUACCAUUAUCCCCUUGGAGCCAGACGAGGUACUCCGUAAAGGCUCCGGAACCUUAUGUGAAUCCCUGCUCAUGGUGGAAGCGUUCCACGCCAACAUCGUGUUCCCCAACAAGCAAGUGGAGGAGCUGAACAAGUUCACGGCCGACGGGCACCUGCUGGACGCCGAGACCUACGUCGGCGGACACGUCGAGGCGCUCGAGUCAGGCGUAUUCCGCGCCGACAUAAAAUGCAAGUUCCGCAUCGAGCCGACCGCCGUCGACAAGCUCAUCGACACCAUAGACAAGACCAUGAGGCACGCCAUCGAGGUGGAGGAGGGGAUCCCCCUGGCGAUGGUGACCAACCUGGACGAGGUGUGCGCGGAGAUCCGCGGGAAGCUGCAGCACAUGAGGGACCAUCCGAGGAGGGACGAGAACCCGCUCAUUUACCACUUGGACGUGGGGGCCAUGUACCCUAACAUUAUUUUAACGAACAGGUUGCAACCGUCAGCAAUGGUGAACGCAAGUAUCUGUGCCGUGUGCGACUACAACCGGCCCGGAGCGACCUGCCAGAGGCACAUGGACUGGAUGUGGAGGGGGGACUUCUUGCCAGCGACUCGCAGCGAGUACCAACGUAUCCAGCAGCAGCUGGAGACGGAGCGGUUCCCGCCGCUGCACCCCGGCGGCCCGCCGAGAGCUUUCCACAACUUGCCCAAGGAAGACCAGGCUGCGUAUGAAAAGAAGCGUUUAGCGGACUACUGUAAGGUCGCGUAUAAGAAAACCAAGGUGACCAAGACAGAGGUGCGGACCACCACCAUCUGCCAGAAGGAAAACUCCUUCUAUGUGGACACUGUGCGGGCCUUCAGAGACCGCCGUUACGAAUACAAGGCUCUAAACAAGCAAGCCAAGGCCAAGGUUGUGGAGGCGGUGGCGAGCGGCGACGCAGCCGAGAUCAAGUCCGCCAAGAGCAGGGAGGUGCUGUACGACUCGCUGCAGCUCGCACACAAGUGUAUUCUCAACUCGUUCUACGGCUACGUCAUGCGACGAGGCGCUCGUUGGCACAGUAUGGAGAUGGCUGGGAUCGUGUGCUACACGGGCGCCAACAUCAUUAUGAAGGCCAGGGAGAUCAUCGAGCAAGUCGGCAGGCCCUUGGAAUUGGACACUGACGGUAUCUGGUGUGUCCUGCCAGCAUCCUUCCCUGAGACCGUGACGGUUCUCACGACACACCAGAAGAAGAAGAAGAUUAACGUGUCCUAUCCUAAUGCAGUUCUAAACGCCAUGGUUAAGGACCACUUCACAAACGAGCAAUACUUCGAGCUGGUGGACCCCUUGAGCAAGAAGUACGAGCAGCGCGCCGAGAACUCCAUCUUCUUCGAGGUGGACGGGCCGUACCUGGCCAUGGUGCUGCCGGCCUCCAAGGAGGAGGGCAAGAGGCUCAAGAAACGAUACGCUGUCUUUAACUUUGACGGCUCUUUGGCCGAGUUAAAGGGUUUCGAAGUAAAACGGCGUGGAGAACUACAGCUUAUCAAAAUCUUCCAAUCGUCCGUGUUCGAAGCGUUUCUCAAGGGAAACGAUUUGAAGUCCUGCUACGCAUCGGUCGCCAAGGUGGCGGACUACUGGCUGGACGUGCUGUACAGCAAGGGCUCCAACAUGCCCGACUCCGAGUUAUUCGAGCUGAUCUCCGAGAACCGCUCCAUGUCUAAGAAGCUGGAAGACUAUGGGGGGCAGAAGUCUACGUCCAUAUCCACUGCGAAACGGCUCGCAGAGUUCUUGGGGGAUCAGAUGGUGAAGGAUGCUGGGUUGGCUUGCAGAUUCAUAAUAUCGCGCAAGCCGGAAGGCGCGCCGGUGACGGAGCGCGCGGUGCCGCUGGCCAUCUUCCAGUCCCCGGCCGGCGUGCGGCGCCACCACCUGCGCCGCUGGCUCAAGGACUCCAGCGUCAGCGAGCACCUCGACAUCCGCGACGUGCUCGACUGGCCCUACUACAUCGAGCGGCUCAGCGGCGCCAUACAGAAGAUCAUCACCAUCCCGGCCGCCAUGCAGGGGUUGGACAACCCGGUCCCGCGCGUGCAGUACCCCGACUGGCUGCACAAGAAGAUGCUGGCCAAGACCGACAAGUUCAAGACCAGGAAGAUCACGGACAUGUUCACCGCGCAACCCAAGGAAAAGCGGCCCGAUGCCACUAAUGAAAACGAUGGGAAUAUGGACACCGAAAUGGACAUGGAGGAUAUCGGCAAAGACGACACGCCCCGCCCGUCCCGCCCCAUGGUGACAGUGAAGCGAAAACGCGAGGAGUCGCCUGUGAAGGAAGCCGCUACUUGGCGGGAGGCCUUCGGGCCGCCACCGCCUUUUGGGACCACGCGGGUAGAACGAAGAGCUUGGAUCUUGUUUCAAAAGAAGAAAUGGAAAUGGCAAAUAGAGCAGCGAAAAAUGUCUAACAGGAGCAAACGAGGUAGAAUGGAUAACGAGAGCCCCGCGGCGGCGCCGCGCAGCCUGGGCCCCGCCGCCACGCUCGGCAGCUUCAUCAAGCGCGCGCAGCGGACUCUGCUCAACACGCCGUGGCAGAUCAUUCAGGUCCUUGAAACCUCGGAGCCCGGUCUCUUCCGCCUCUGGGCGCUAGUCGGCUCAGACCUCCACCAGAUCAAGCUGACAGUCCCGCGCAUCUUCUACGUGAACAGUCGAGUAGCUCGCUCGACCGACACGAGCCAGUACUGGCGCAAGUGCUCCCGCGUACUGCCGCGAGCGCAUCCUGUGUUACACUUGUACCAGUACAGCGUUAGUGAGCAGCUCUACAGGGAACACCAGGAGGAGCUGAUGGCGGAGCUGUCGGCGCCCGAGAUCGAAGGCAUUUACGAGACGCAGAUGAGCCUGGAGUUCCGCGUGCUGGUGCAGUUGGGCUGCAUCUGCACCGUGGACCCGGACGAGGCGAGGCGACUUAUCCAGCUAGGAUCGAACUCGGAUUCCUUCACGCUGAGCCAACUGCAGUUCAAAAGCGUCGCCCAUCAACCCUAUCUUCAGAAACAAAACGGCGUAUCACCGCUAAAACACAUCUACCUAUACCAACACUCAGCGUUGAACUCAACGCGCAGCAUGUGGGCGCUGGUGCUCGGGCCCACCAAGCGGGCGCUGGUCGUGGUGCAGGACUCCGUCAAGACCAACCAGGUGCCCAACAUGCACACGCUGCUCGCCACCGAGACUACCGCCAAAAUCAACCUGGGCACAGACGAGAGUACCCUCCCAAGCACCGAUCUCACCUGGGAGGUGGCUGUGGAGACGGAGCCUCGCGCAGUAUACCGAAGACUGGGCCGGGCGCUGCAACGUUACCGCGAGGAACACUCCGGGCCCACGCUGCUAGCUUUACAGACUCUUCACAGCGUGCCUGCGCUGCUGGCCUUAGUACCUGGUGUAUCGGAGUUCCCGCUGGUCCCGCUGCAUGUGCGCGACGUGGAGACGCUGUACAGCACGCUGGAGUGGCAGCGCGUGGGCGCGCGCACGCUCGUGCGCCACUACCUCAACCUCGACUCCGUGCUCGCGCUCACCAAGGAGCAGUGCAGAUACUUCCACGUGCCCCUGGGCAACUUGCCCGCGGACCCGACGUUGUUCGGCGCGGACCUGUUCUACGCGCGGCACCUCGUCAAGCACAACUUCGUGCUGUGGGCCUCCAACCUGGAGCGGCCCGACCUGGGCGGCCGCGAGACCGACGACAACAGACUAGUAAGCGAAGUGGAGGAGCUGUCCGGCUGCACGCACAACGCGUCGGGCGCGUACGACUCGGUGUGCGUGGAGCUGGGGAGCGACGCGCUGUGCGUGUGCGCGCUGCUGCAGGCGCAGCACAUCCUGCAGCACGAGGGCACCAGCGCGGCCACCGCCUUCAGCCGGGGACAGCCUCACGAUCCUAUGGGCCUGAACGCGUCGGUAGCGUACGACGAAACAGCACAGUGCAGCGCCGCCUUCCGAGUACUGCGAACGAUGAUAGCGUCCUGGCUUAGGGACGUCACGGUGUAUAAAAACGUGUUCGCCGAUUACCAGAUUACACACUUCUACAGAUGGUUAAAAACCCCAACGUCGCUCCUCUACGACCCAGCAUUGCGACGCACGCUGUACGGGCUGAUGAAGAAACUGUUCCUUAUGCUGGUAGCAGAGUUCAAGCGGCUAGGGUCUGUCAUAGUGUACGCGGACUUCAACAAGAUACUGUUAUGCACUAAGAAGAAAUCGGUUAUGGAUGGUAUAGGUUACGUAGAGUUCGUGGUGCAGAGCAUCCGGAACAAGGAGCUGUUCCACGGCGUGGACAUCCGCUACAAGCAGUGCUGGAGCUACCUGCUGUGGCUCGACCCCGCCAACCAUGCCGGCGUGCAGGGUAAAUUACCAGAGGGUCUCGUUGAAGUUGGUUCUUCACAGCUGCCGCCAGCGGACGAGAAUGCAGAAGAUGAGGAGGGCAUGAUCGUGAUGAACUGGAACCUGGCGCUGUUCCUGCCGCGCGGCGUGCGCGAGCCGUUCGCGGCGGCCGUCGGCGGCUUCGUGGGCGCCGCCGCCGCGCAGACCGGCGGCCUCGCCAACCUGCUGGCUGGCGAGAUCGCGCAGAAACUGUUUCAGAUGACAGAAAAGAUCCACACGCGCAUGCCGGUACUGAAGCCGGGCGACGUGGAGGCGCGGCCGGGGCGGCGCGGCGCGCAGCACACGCCCGCGCUGCAGUUCGUCAACGCGCUCUGCAAGGUCAUCUCGCUCGACCCCAAGCUGGACGAACAGAUAACGCUGGUUCGUCGCAACCUGCUCCGGCUAAUCGGGGUCGGCGAGUUCAGCGCCGCGGCCGAGUGGCGCGACCCCUGCGCCAGCUGCGUGCUCACCGAGCUCAUCUGCAAGGUGUGCAACCACUGCCGCGACCUGGACCUGUGCCGCGAGACCGACAUCGCCACCGUGGACGACGUCCCGGUGUGCCUGUGCCCGACGUGUGGUGCCGCCUACGACAACCAGGAGCUGGAGUGGCGCCUCGUCGAGGCCAUGGACCGGCGCGCGCUCGCCUACACCCUACAGGACCUCAUCUGCAGCCGCUGCCACCAGGUGAAACGCGAGAACCUGUCAACAGUGUGUGACUGUGCGGGCGACUUCGGGCCACUUGUGCCUGUAAAGGAGGUGCACUCUCAGCUGGAGACCUUCAAGUCCAUAGCAGAAUACUACAAGAUGCCGCUGCUGCUAGAACUGAUAGAUUUCCACCUAAACAACAUGUGAUAUUUAAAUAAUUAACAUUAACACA